CCAAGUUUUUACUGAAGUUUUUUGUGCUAUUAAGUUUCAUGAAUUCUCUGAAUUCAUUUAUUUAUGUAAUUGAUGGUCCACUUAGAAAGAGUGAUCCGGAUAUUGAUUAUGUAGUGAUAAUGUUGAUUCUCUUCUUUAUAUAGUUAUCGAAUAUUGAUUGUCCAUAUCUUUUUUCAUCCUCAUUGUUCAUACAUUUGUAUACUUGUAUGUGAAACAGAGAUUUUGUCCAUUCUCUAUCCCUCCCAUUUGUUUGACUUAAAUUAACUUAACUCUUCCAGUUUUGUAUAGAUAAUCAUUAUAGUUAAUUUUUUUCAAUAUAACCCAUGGAAAGUAAGAGUUAGCACUCUGGAUCAACUCUUGGAUUUCAACCUCUGGGCAACCAUUUUCAGUGACAAUCCUCGGAUUCUCUGCCUAGGUUGAUCCUAGAACAGAACAAAAGUCUUAUAAUGUAACAGGACCUUGAAGCUCCCGGCAGUGAAUGAAUGAAAAGAUGAUUGCUGAAAUAUUGAGGACAGAGUAUGCUAAAUGCCACACCCUGGAGAAGUGUAAGAGAGCACUAAUGGUGUUGUGAUUAUUUUCUAUUGUUCUUUGCUUUGGAGUGAUUUCAUCUGCAAACAAUAAUAAUGCCUUCCGGAUAGUAUAUCAGUUUCUAUUUAUAUAUGUUUUAGAAUAUUUGAAAGACAGUUACCUAUAUAUACCUGUUAUUUUUUGUUUUCUGUGCUUAAUUUAGUUAUGCUUGGCAGAACGUGUACUGAAUCUCAAUUGUCUAGUGCUUCUUUGCCAUGCUUGAGAGGCUGCUGGUAUAUUUAUGGAUAAGUCAUUUUAGGCUGCUGUGUUGAGGUUGUAUUGGCCUGAUGUUGGCAAAGGCCGAGCUGUUUAUAAUUGGCACUUUGUGUUUGUGUUUGUACUUUUGUACAGGCUGUGUGUACACACCAGUACCAGUGCCUUCUCUUUAGGAGCUGAGGAAAGCUACUGCAAAUCAUACAUUCUAAAAUGUUUCUAUCACAAAAAUAGCUCUUGCCCUUUAUCUGGUAUAUUUAUGGAAGAAGAGGAAGUCAAGCACCCAAAGCCUGAAGUAAGAUGUGGCUUGUGAAGAUCAUUCCAAUUCUUUCCUGUUUACUCGAGAACGUGCACUCACCCUACGCUGAACCCUACUGGUGCCCCGCCACCAGGAAAGCCACCCAUGUUUAAAUCAUCAAUAGGGCAUAGAAUUCCCUUGUCUUCUUCCUCGAGUACUUCUGCUUCUUCAUCAAAGAUAGAGUCAGAAGAUGCUGUGGUGGCUGCACCUCCUCCACCUCCACCACGACCACCUCCCCCUUUGCUGGAUACUGGCAACAUCAACUAUAGGGAUGGCGCUAUUAAACCCGCAUCUUUACCUCUACCACCUCCACCUCUAAUGCCUCCAAAGCCUGUUGCAGCAAAUUUGGUUAUGCCAUUGCCUGCACCACCUCUGCUGCCGCCGCCACCUGGCCCCCCACCGAAAGAGCAAAAUGUGAAUCACCUUCCACCUCCCCCACUCCAAUUGUCCGCCCAACCACCUCCACCUGGUGUCAGUGGAGGUAAACCAACCUGCAUUGUUAGAUGGUUUGACUUCCAAGGAGCAAGCAGGUAAGCUCAUCUUCGUUCCUCCUACAAUGUCAUCUAUCUUGAAAUGCAUAAGAUUUUCAGAAAUGAGAUGGAUCCACACCUAGCUAAGUAGGCAUGUUCUUGUGAGAUUUUGAAUAUUAAUGUACAGGGUAGCGUAAUUGGGGUUUUCAUGCCCAAAAAGGUACAUACUUGGUUGGCAAUCUAAAACCUGAUGGUUUUGUACUGCUAUUCCAAGUUUGCACUUAGUAGCUUUAAUAUC